AUGAGUGAAAGGUCCUUUAAUAUGUAAGCAUUCAUUGCUAGUAAUUACACAAUUAUUUUAGUAAUGAUCGCAAGAGAAGUGUUACUAUUUUAGAUCCGGGUGUAAGUUUGGUCAAAAAAUCGGUAAAUGAAGAUGGAGUAAGUCAGUUUUAUGGUGGUGUCACUCUAAAUUAUAGGCAUUGGCAAUCAUUCUGAAGGUUUUGCUGGCGUUUGCUUUUAUGGCUGCUGGACUGCUGGCAAUUCUGUACUCAAUAAACAACGGUAGGUCUCAGUAAUCGUAGUUCGUUUUAUUUUUCUUUCAAAUGUUUUAGCCGAAGACCCUAUCGAUGACAAGCCUAGCAACGAAACUGUUGACGCAUUCGGUGCUAUCUACAACAACCAAGUUUGUCUCAACGGAGUUAUUACCACAGAGAAGAUCAUCAACAAUGAAAAAAAGGUAAAAGAAAUCCGAUCGUCAUUUAAUCUGUAGAUCUCGAAAAAAAGCGUCGAAUGGAUGCAAGAUCACGACAACAACCGCCUCUUCUUUAACAUAACUGAUGAUGAGACCGGGAACUUCACCUCUUACUAUGUCUACCCGGACAAAGUGGUGAUGAACACAGAUAAAAGUUGUGCUCUUCACGACCAUAUCACUGGCUAUUUCGAUUUCAUUAAAUCGAUGGCAUUGCAGGGAUUGAAAAAGGCGAGAAUAGAGACAGUCGACAUCCAAGGGAAGAAGAAACAAGUUCAGAUAUAUCAAGGCAAACCAAUUCUGAGCAACUUUUACGAUGGUUCUGGAGAGAUUCCGAUGUAUACUCAAGGAUACGAAGGCUUAGACAACGGUAAGACAUAAGAUAACACGUAAUAAUCAGUCUAGGCGUGCUAUAUGGAUGGCAAUUGUUCUACGAAGCGGACCCGGAUGGAGGAAAUGGGACGGAAUGGGCAGAAUAUUGGUUUCCAGAAAUGAAAAGGCAAAAGCCAGACCCCAACGUCUUUAUUAAUAUUCCUCAUGCUUGCUACGGAUAUAAACAUAUUCGACGGUAA